GCAGCUUCGAGAUGGGGUCCCAGGUGUCGGUGGACCCAGGAGCUCAGCACGUGGUGAUUGUGGGCGGGGGCUUCGGCGGGAUCGCAGCCGCUAGCCAGCUGCAGGCCCUGAACAUCCCCUUCCUGCUGGUGGACAUGAAGGAUUCCUUUCAUCACAAUGUGGCCGCUCUUCGCGCCUCAGUGGAGAGUGGGUUCGCCAAGAAGACGUUCAUUUCCUAUGUGACCACCUUCAAGGAAAGCUUCCGGCAGGGCCUGGUGGUGAAGAUCGACCUGAAGAAUCAGACGGUGAUGUUGGAGGAUGGGGAGGCGCUGCCCUUCUCACACCUGAUCCUGGCUACAGGCAGCACCGGCCCCUUUCCCGGAAAACUGAACAAAGUCUGCAGCCAGCAGGAGGCCAUCGAGUCCUACGAGGACAUGGUGAGGCAGGUCCAGCGUGCCCAGUUCAUCACAGUGGUGGGAGGAGGCUCUGCAGGUGUGGAGAUGGCUGCAGAGAUUAAGACAGAGUACCCUGAGAAAGAGGUGACACUCAUUCAUUCCAAAGUAGCCCUCGCUGACCGGGAGCUGCUGCCAGCUGUCCGGCAAGAAGUGAAGGAGAUCUUGGUCCGGAAGGGUGUGAAGCUACUGCUGAGUGAGCGGGUGAGCAAUCUGGAGGAGCUGCCAGUUAACGAGUAUCGAGAGUAUAUCAAGGUGCUGACAGACAAAGGCACGGAGGUGGCCUGUAACCUGGUGAUUGUCUGCAACGGGAUCAAGAUCAACAGCCAGGCCUACCGAAGUGCUUUAGAGGGCCGGCUGGCCAGCAACGGGGCAGUGAGAGUGAACGAGCACCUGCAGGUGGAAGGUCACAGCAACAUCUACGCCAUCGGUGAUUGUACAGACCUGCAGGAGCCCAAGAUGGCCUAUCACGCUGGCCUCCAUGCCAGCAUCGCCGUAGCUAACAUCGUGAACACCGCCAAACAGAGGCCCCUCAAGGCCUACAAGCCAGGGGGACUCACCUUCCUCCUGUCCAUGGGGAGAAAUGACGGCGUGGGCCAGAUCAGCGGCUUUUACGUAGGCCGCCUCAUGGUCCGACUGGCCAAGAGCCGGGACCUGUUCAUCUCCACGAGCUGGAAGACCAUGAGGCAGACUCCACCUUGACCAGGGAAGCCGGCAGUAGGACCAAGAAGUGGCCACCGUGGCUGAACAGACAUGAUGGAGUGACAUCAGUGACUGCUGAUGAGUGCCCACGGGCAAAAGCUGCUUUUAUGGAAUAAGAUGCCAAUGUACUGACCAGAAACAAAUUCUAUACAAAAUGAGGAUGAGAGUGAGUGAGAGUGAGAGGAGGGAAAAAACG